AUGAACGAAAUUGUGCAACUGGGGACGCUACCACGAUCGAAAAUACCGACCAUCACGUACGACAACGCGUCGUCAUACUUCGAAGCCCUGGCGGACCUACACAUUUCACACCUCGGAAGCCAAAGAUACGAGGCGGACGUCGAGGAGGAUGUCGAAGAGGAUGUCUUGGCGGAUGACAUCCGGCGCAAAUUUGUGGCUAGAUUUCUUUUUCGGAAACUUAUCCGAGACCAGGAGCAGAGAAAGCAAUGGAUCUUUCAUGAUAAUGGUCCGUUUCCAGUCUGGUGUGACGAUUUUCGACCCGAAAAUGUUCUAGUUGAUGAAGCUGGAAGCAUCACUGGAGUGGUGGAUUGGGAGUUUACAUAUACCGCCCCAGCCGAAUUUUCUCAUGCGCCACCUUGGUGGCUUCUUCUCAAAAAGCCGGAAGAUUGGUCUAACGGACUCGAUGACUGGUGUACGGAGUAUGAGAAGCCUCUUCAGACCUUUCUUGAGGCAAUGCGCAAGUGCGAAGAUGAGGCAAUCCAGGGGAGACGGCUAGCGGAAGGCCAGCGGCUAUCAAGUCGGAUGCAGGAUAGUUGGCAGAGUGGAGAUUCCUGGAUCAUGUACGCUGCAAGGAACAAUUUCGCCUUUGACGCAAUAUAUUGGAAAAAGAUUGACCAGCGAUUCUUCGGAUCGACCACAUAUGACAACAAUAUAAUCAAUAUUCACGAUGUGUGGCGCAAGAGACUUCAUCUCUUGGAACCUACAGAGAAGGAGCUCAUGGAGGAAUAUGUGACUCUAAAACUCAAAGAGAGGAACACAUUGCGCCUCGCCUGGGACGCUGACGAGUACACCAUGGGGUGGAUGAAGAGGAUGAGAGAGAAAAGGCGGAAGGAGAACGACGAGAAAAAGGCGGCGGAAGGGGAGGGAAGAGAUGUACCAGCCGGGCCAAACACAGAAUGA